UUAAAGGGCUGCGACAAAUGUUUCUUCAAUAGCGAUGCACGGAACUCGAAGGCGAGCCGUCUCCCAGUUGAGGAAAGGGGUCAAGUAUCCCACCGGUAUGGUAUAAAACCCUGUCGUGGGUAGCUCAUCAUUCUUGCUCCCCGGAGUUCGCCACCUCUACCCACACUUUCCCUCCGGCCUUUUACAUGCCCGGCAGUCACCUAUUUCAGGAGCUCACGAAAGGGUUCCCUACGAUCACCGGAAUCAGAUGGUUCAACCUCAGUGUGUUGGUACUCACCCCUGCCGUCGCCAUGUACGGCUUGUUACGGGCACCUAUCAUGCCGAAGACCGUCACUUGCGCAAUAGGUUACUACAUUUACACCAUGCUCGGUAUCACUGCAGGCUACCAUCGUCUGUGGUCACAUAGAUCGUACAAUGCCUCAUUUCCCUUGCAGGUGUUCCUUAUCCUGGCCGGGGCAAGUGCGGUCCAGGGAUCGUGUUACUGGUGGGCUCGCCGGCACCGUUCUCACCACAGAUAUACAGAUACCGAUCUCGAUCCAUACAAUUCGGAGAGGGGUCUCCUGUGGACGCACAUUGGUUGGAUAAUCUUUGAUUCCAACCUUAAAGCGGGACCAGCGGAAAUAACCGACCUGAGAAAGGACCCGUUGGUACAAUGGCAGCAUCGCUGGUACUUCUACAUUCAGGCCGUGUUCGGUUAUAUCCUGCCGAUGUGCAUCCCCGGAUUGCUCUGGAAUGAUUGGCUGGGAGGGUUCUAUUUCGUUGGUGCCCUUCGUAUGACUGCGGCUCACCAUAGCACGUUCGCCAUCAAUUCCAUUGCCCACUAUUUGGGCAGCACACCCUAUGACGACAAACACACGCCUCGGGACCAUCUUAUCUCCGCUCUGCUGACAAUGGGUGAAGGCUACCACAAUUUUCACCAUCAAUUUCCGAUGGACUACAGGAAUGCCUUUCGCUGGUAUCAAUGGGACCCUACCAAGUGGUUCAUAGCGACGUGUCACUGGCUGGGUCUGGCUUCUCAUCUCCGGGUGUUUCCUAGCAACGAAAUUGAGAAAGGCGCCCUUACAAUGAAGCUGAAGGCUCUCAAGGACAUCCAAGAUUCCCUUGAGUGGCCUGUCACGUCCGACAAACUGCCUGUGGUGACGUGGGAAACAUUCCAGGAGGAAUCUAAAUCACGCACUUUGCUACUCGUAUCCGGGUUUGUCCACGACGCGUCCGAGUUCCUUGACAAUCAUCCUGGCGGCCGGGCACUCUUGGCCAGCAGCACUGGAAAAGAUAUGACCGCCGCGUUCUUCGGCGGUGUCUAUGGCCACUCACACGCCGCUCACAACCUACUCGCUAUGAUGCGUGUAGGAAUUCUUAACGGCGGUGUUGAGAUGCCCCUGGAGCAAGUCGUCCCACCUAGUCAGCGGCUUUUUGUCGCCAGCAAUCGUCCAGCCGAAAGUGAACGUCUCAUCACGCCACUGGAAGAAUAGUAAUGUAUCCCUUAAAUUCGAUCGAUCUAUUUAUGCUGUACCUUAACAUUUAGCAGUGAAUGCCUAAAACUGAUAUUCCAGUCCUAUCCACAUUAUGUAUUACUCGUACUUAGUCCCAGGAAAACUUUACUAUUUCCUGUCAUCCGAUUGUUGUACUUAUUUGCUUAUCGUGCAACUGCUGUUAAUUCGUAUUCGUAUGCUGGAAAUUUGUCGCUUGGUAGUGCAGUACACGACUUUCGUAUGCAUGUAUUAAAAGUACAACCGUUAUA